ACACCAUCUUCCUUCCCUCAAAACUACUCUCUCUCUCUCUCUCUUAAGUUCAAAAUCUGAUUCCAAAAUAUGAUGAAAUCCGUGGCCAGUACAAUUUCAUCUGUCAAUAUCCGAUCAAUCAGAAAUGCAGUUCCGAAUCUCCACUGUGGAAUACCUUCAAAUCUAUGUAGAUUUGCUGUAUUUGAUCAACCGAUGAUAGUUUUAUCUUGUUCUUCGAGUUCUCUAACUGUUGGCUCAAAACUUCAAUUGUUAAAGAACAAGAGCAAUGAUGUGACCAAGGUUGUGUUUGCAAUGAGAAGGAGGAGGAGAGCAAAUGUUGAAACAGAUACGUAUGUAUUGAUGGAACCAGGAAAGAGUGAAGAAUUUGUUACGGAAGAUGAAUUGAUGGUUAGAUUAAAAGGUUGGCUUGAAUGCUGGCCAGAAGGAAAAUCUCUUCCUCCAGAUUUGGCUAGGUUUGAAAAUCUUGAUGAUGCGGUUUCUCAUCUUGUUAAAUUUGUUUGUGAACUUGAAAUUGAUGGGAAUGUUGGAUCCGUUCAGUGGUUUCAGGUACGUUUGGAGUAAUACAACUUUUUGGAUUUUUGAUGAAAUUGUACUUAGUUAGUCAAGUAUUCAUAAUCCAAUUGUCUUUUUUGAAAAAUAUUUUCUUCGAGAAA